CGAGUAUAAAUAUAUGCAAUUGCAAGGUCUGACGAAAAUGUCAUCAUUCCAUGGUUGAAUGAUGGGCUGUGGUUCGUCGAUGGAGCGACCGUCAAGUGUUAGCCACCACUUGCCAAAUACACCGAUGCGUCCGAUGCAACAAAAUGUUGAUGGUCGCGUAACGACGAUUGUGCAGCAAUAUGUGCGGCUAGACGAACAGAUCAGCAAAUUGGAGGCAAGUAGUCCGGGUCCGCGACUGGCCACCGCCGAGGCAUGGAUCGAGCAUCUGCGUGCCAAGCGUGAUACGAUGCUCGGCUUGGAGGGCAUGGAGCACCCGGUGCGCCCAUCCACAACAACAACAACAACGGGGGCGACACCGAACGCAAACGAGGUGCGGGUUGAGCGGGUGGCACAUCAAUUAACUAGCUACCCGCUGACAUUAGGCGCGGAGCGUGGUGGCAACGAAAUUGUCGCAAACACGCCCACGAAGGACCUGGCCCAGCUGGCGCAUAACCUGGCCGUGAUUGGGGAUCCACAAAAGGCUUCCACGCACGAGGACUUCUUUGCCAAUUUAAGCGAAUCGGCCCUCUACUUACUCAGCAUACGUUAUUAUGGUGAACUCCUGGAGCAUAGCAAGCAGCGCCUCAAAACACUGUCCGAAAGCUAUGCGGAGCUAAACGAGCUCUAUGUGAAACAGGAUGGCAUUAUUGCCUACAUCAGUGGCGGUACCUAUCUGACCAGGCUCGAGGAGAACAUUGAUGCCCAGCUGGAGGUGGCACGCGAUACACGAGACAAAUUGGGCAGCGCUCUGGAACAGUGGCGCAUCUGUGGUCUUCUACUACGCGCCGCAGCCAACUCGGCAACGCAGGCAUUGAAACAGUGGCAGCAGCUGGGCAGGCUUAUCGAUCCGAAACAGAAAUUGCAAUCGGCACUGGAUUGUCGCAGUUUGUUGCAUGCAUCGCUAACGUCGCUGGAGGCAGCGCAGUUGUCGCUGCCACAUGUGGAGCUGAAGUAUAUGAGCCAUCGCCAGGUGCUGGCGGUCAAUCACUGUAACACCUAUCUAAUAACGGACAUUGCAAAUGCAGCACGUUAUGAGCACACGAGUCGGGUUUUUAGCAGCUAUGAGGCGAAUAUUUCCAAGACGUGCACAUGGCACCACGACACCUUUCACAAAACCCUGCGCUCGGACUUUGACAAGGCGGAGGAAACCGUGCGGGGAUUGGCCAGAACACUGCGAGAUCAUCGCGAGGAGGUUUUUGGUGCGGCACGCAAAUGAACAAAUUUUUGUGGCAGCCAAGUAAUUAAUUUUUUUUUAGCUUUAAACAUUUACCGAAGUACAUUGUAUUAAAAAUUGUUGCUAGUUGUGACAAAUUGUAGCCAAUAUUUGAAAAUAAAAAUU